UGGGAUAAAGGAUAAUAGAAACAAAGACGUUUCAUAAAUGGUGGAGGUCGUUGUAAGGGAUUGUAGUGAGUGGUGCCUUGCUUGUUUAAAUAGAGCUUGGCUACUCAUCUUCUUUAACAGCUUAUAGUUGUUCCCUUCAUAUUGUAGAGAGCGGAGGCUUCUUUGCUUGCCACCUCUCUUUUAUCUCUUCAAACACUUCUAAAAUCAUGGAUGAGAAGAUGAGUUUGACUGUUGCUGAUGCAGUGGACUACAAGGGUCACCCUGCUGACAAGUCUAGAACUGGUGGCUGGGUACCUGCUGCUCUCAGCUUAGGCAUUGAAAUAUGUGAGAGGCUGUCAACAAUGGGAAUAGCAGUGAACCUUGUGACUUACCUGGGUGGAACCAUGCACCUUCCAAGUGCUACUUCUGCAAAUGUUGUGACAGACUUCAUGGGGACAUCAUUUCUACUAUGUUUACUGGGCGGCUUCCUAGCCGAUUCAUACUUGGGCAGAUACCGAACGAUCGCAAUAUUCGCCAUGGUUCAGAUGCUUGGAACUUGCCUGUUAGCAGUAUCGACGAAACUCCCACAACUGCGGCCACCUCCUUGCAAGUAUACCAACGUAACACAAUGCGAACAAGCUAACAGCUUUCAGAUGGGAAUUCUUUAUCUUUCAUUAUAUCUAAUAGCAUUAGGGACCGGUGGCCUGAAAUCAAGUGUUUCAGGAUUUGGAACCGACCAGUUUGAUGAGAAAAAUGAAAAGGAGAAAGCCCAGAUGGCUUAUUUUUUCAACAGGUUUUUCUUUGUCAUCAGCACAGGGACUUUGAUGGCAGUCACAGUGCUUGUUUACAUCCAAGAUGAAGUUGGUCGAAGUUGGGGUUAUGGAAUCUGUUCCGCUUCAAUGUUCAUUGCACUCAUGAUAUUCUUUUCGGGAACGAAACGAUACCGAUACAAGAAAUGUUCGGGAAGCCCCAUUGUACAUAUUUGCCAAGUUGUUUCUGCUGCAUCUGGGAAAAAGACGGCUAAACUCCCUUCUGAUAUUUCCUUGUUGUAUGAAGAUCUCCCUGAGGCAUCACGAAUCCAUCACACGGAUCAGUUUCGCUUCCUGGACAAGGCAUCUGUUGUGACAGAAGAUGAUUACAGACAAGGUUCCUUCAUGAUGAACCCUUGGAAGCUUUGUCCAGUUACAAGGGUAGAGGAGGUAAAGAAGAUGAUCAGGCUACUCCCGAUUUGGGCAACAACGAUUAUAUUUUGGACAACAUAUGCACAGAUGAUCACUUUCUCGGUGGAACAAGCAACCACCAUGGAGAGAACCAUAGGACAUUUCCAAAUUCCAGCUGGUUCACUUACUGUCUUUUUUGUGGGAGCCAUAUUGAUCAGUUUAGCUGUUUAUGAUCGUUUUAUUAUUCCACUUUGUAAAAAAUGGAGAGGUGAACCAGGGUUUACAAAUCUGCAACUGAUAGGCAUAGGUCUGUUCCUGUCAGCCAUGGGAAUGGCAGCUGCAGCAGUGGUAGAGGUGAAACGGCUAUCGGUGGCAAAGAAAUACAAUGAAACAACCACACUACCAAUAACCGUUUUCUACCUGAUUCCGCAAUUCUUCUUGGUGGGUGCAGGAGAAGGAUUUAUAUACACUGGUCAACUGGAUUUCUUCAUCACUCAAUCCCCAAAAGGAAUGAAAACAAUGAGCACUGGCCUCUUCCUCACCACUCUUUCACUCGGUUUCUUCUUUAGUAGCUUGCUAGUUUCCAUUGUGAAGGCCACAACCGGAAGUAGCGACAAACAAGGAUGGUUGGGAGAACACAUAAACAAAGGAAGAUUAGAUUGUUUCUAUGGGCUCCUAGCUGCAUUAAGCUUCUUUAACUUUGGAUUAUUCCUCCUUUCUGCAGCAUGGUUCAGGAAGAAAACAGUUAAACAAGCUCCCGAAACGGAGAUCAUUGUUAAAGAAUCAACGAUCGAGGAGAAAUGCUAGUUUUCCGUACUGAAUGUUACUUGAAAUCUUCUUUAAUAACCAAAUUAUUACUAUAUAUAUAUAUAUAUAUAUAGCUAGCAAAGUUUCUGCAAUAUGGGAACUUUAAGCUCUUGUCUGUAACAUGGUUUUCCUUUUGGCUUAAGAUGCAAGAAAUAAAACAUUUCCACUGCAAUUUGUCAUUUUCUGACA